AUGGCAGAGGCAAUUGUAGGAUUGCUGGUCUCCAAGCUCGGUGUGGCCUUAGCAAGAGAGGCGGUGACCUUUGGUUCCUCGCUGCUCUUCAAGGAAGCAUCUGCCCUUGAUGGACUUUUUGGUGAGAUCCGUGAAGCCAAGGAUGAGCUGGAGAGCAUGCAGGGUUAUCUGCAACGAGCGGAGCGGUUCAAGGACACCGAUGAGACCACUGGCAUCUUUGUCGAGAAGAUCAGGGGCUUCGCUUUCGAGAUCGAGGAUGUCGUUGAUGAGUUCACCUACAAGCUGGAGGACAGACACGGCGGAUUUGCUGCCAAGAUGAAGAAGAGGAUCAAGCAUGUCAAGACAUGGCGGCGUCUGGCACUCAAGCUGCAACAGAUUAAGAAAAAGCUUAGAGAUGCUGAUGAAAGGAAAGUGCGCUACGAGGUUAGAGGAAUCGACAAGGAUGCAGGAAGCAGUGGCAGCCAUCCGAAGAUUGUAGACCAAGCUUUGUAUUUUGCAAAGGAUGAUGAUCUUGUGGGGAUUGAGGAGAACAAGAAGCUGUUGAUGGGAUGUCUCACAGCCCAAUCUGAAGAGCAGAACACAGUCGCAACAGUUUGGGGGAUGGGUGGAGUUGGAAAGACUACUCUUGUCUCCCAUGUCUACAAUUUGGUGAAAGAUGACUAUGAUACUGCUGCAUGGGUUACAGUUUCAAACAGCUACCAAGUUGAAGCCUUGUUGAAGACGAUCGCCAAAGAAUUUGGCAUCAAAGCUGAUGUUGCCAGCAUGGGAAAAAGAGCGCUGACUGAGGUAAUCUAUACUUACCUACAAGGUAAAAAGUACAUCUUGAUUAUGGAUGACGUAUGGGGUGUGGAUGUGUGGUUCAAUAUAAGGGAUGCAUUUCCUAAAUGCAGCGGUAAUCGAUUUGUUAUCACCUCAAGGAUCCAUGAGGUAGCAUUGCUAGCUACUGGAAAUCGUGUACUUGAACUGAAACCAUUGCAAGCAGCAGAGUCAUGGCAGUUAUUUUGCAAGGAGGCAUUUUGGAAAGAUCAAAAUAGAACAUGCCCAGAGGGACUAAAACAUUUAGCUCAAAAGUUUGUCAGCAAGUGUAGUGGCCUGCCCAUUGCAAUUGCCUGCAUCGGCCGCCUACUGUCCUGCAAACAACCAACAUACUCCGAUUGGGAGAAUGUAUACAAGGAAAUAGAGCUUCAGCUAACAAAUAACGUGAUCCUCGAUGUGAAUAUUAUUCUGAAAGUCAGCUUAGAGGACCUUCCUUAUGAUCUGAAGAACUGUUUCUUGCACUGUGCAUUAUUCCCGGAAGAUUAUGAAAUAAAGAGGAGGAGAGUAAUGAGGCAGUGGAUCGCCGCUGGAUUUGUCAGAGCAAAGGAUAACAAAACAUUAGAGGAAGUGGCAGAGGAAUGCUUGACCGAGCUUGUGAAACGAAGCCUACUACAGGUAGUGGCGAGGAAUAGUGGUGGACGAUUAAAAUGCUGCCGGAUGCAUGAUGUUAUACGCCUUCUUGCUCUCAACAAAGCCAGGGAGGAAUGCUUUGGAAAAGUUUAUGAUGGAUCUGGUGCAUUCUCUGUACAGGGGACACGUCGUAUAUCGAUCCAGAGUGAAAACAUUGAACAGCUGAGUCAAUCUUGUGGAACACAUUUCCGUGCACUCCAUGUGUUUGAGACUCGUAUCAGUAUUAAUUUGCUCAAGUCUAUCCUAUCAUCUUCGAGGCUGCUGUCGAUGUUGGAUCUGCAAGGUGCACGUAUCAAAAUGCUGCCUAAUCAAGUGUUUGACUUGUUUAAUUUGCGGUACUUGGGCCUUAGACAUACUGGUAUUCAGAAUUUGCCUGAAGCAAUAGGGAGGUUACAAAACCUACAGGUCUUGGAUGCUUACAACACUGAACUGUCAUCUUUACCAAACAGCGUGGUAAAGCUUCACAAGCUGAGGUACUUUUAUGCAUGUACUGGUGGGCUAGAAUUUGAUCAGUGUGCUGGAGUCAAGGUGCCCAAUGGCAUGCGGCACUUGACGUCAUUGUGA